GGAAUAAGCGGAACUGGAUGCCUCGCAAUUGGAAGAUGAAGGUGCUGGAUACGUUGUUGUGGUUGUUGUUGAUGAUGCUGUUGUCGGCGCGGUUAUGCUGGUGUGAUGAUCUAUCCGACUUUGUUGGUCUUGACGAUGAUUUUGCCAUAUUGGAGGCAUGGGAAGACGUUACGGCGUACUUUGAACCGAUGGCGUUGAUCGAGAGCGUGCCCUUUGAUGCUGAGAAGUACAAUUCGUUGUCAGAAGAGGAUAUAGAUGCGGAGUUGUGGGAUUUGUACGGUAAAUUGGAACAAGUGUACGAUACAUUGGUUGUGUUUGCCAAAGUGCUUGCGAGUUUAACCGCUGAUGACUUGAUGGAAAUGGCUGAAAAGUUGGAGAACGAUCAGGAGUUGUACGCAAGGCUUGUCAACGAACCAAGUCACAAGAUCAUGCGCAAGUUGUUCCACAUACAAGGCGUUGACGAUACAGCGUUUCUCGAAGAGCAUGACCAGGAAUUGAUGGGAAUUCCGAACGACCCCAGUUUCCAGCCAAUGGAGCCUUUGGUCUACGACUAUGACGACGAUUAUGACGAUGACGAUGAUUCGAUUUGGAGUCCAGAUACUGAUUACGAAAUGAUUGCAAAAUUGGUGAAAGAUGACCCUGACGACAUGGAUGCUGUGGAAAAGAUGGGGGUGAUCUUGCUUGCGAAAAAGAUCAUCAAGAAGAUCAAGAGAAUUAUCAAGAAGGUUAAAAAGAAAGCAAUGUUGAUUAUUAAGCUUAUCAAGUUGAAAAAGCUUAUCAAAAAGACAAGAGUCAUUAUUUGUAUCAAGAUCAUGUUGUUAAUAGAGAAGAUCAAGAGAAUGGUUAAAUUGAUAAUCAAAUUGAUCAAGAAACUUAUCGUGUGGGCCAUUAAGGAGCUCCCCUUUGAAAUCCUUUGGAAGAUUAAAAUCAUCAUCAAGUUACUCAUAAAGUUGCGAUGCUCUUGA